GUGAAGGAGCUGGAAAUCAAAACAGCAACAGCUUGCUCUUUUUAAUGGCGAAAUCUAAUGCACACAUCUGAAACAUGUGUUUUUUAGAGUGACAGAUGGCUACUGCAAAAUCUUGAAGUAUCACACUUCUGUAAUUACCGCUGAAAGGAAUAACACAUGAUUGAUAUUCCAGAAAAUGUGAUGGGCACGUAUAUGUGAACCCGCCUUUUUAUGACAUCGGUCGCUAUGGAAGAAGUAAUAGAACUAAAAGAACCCCUUCAAAGAGUGAAAGAUACAGAAGCGGAGGAUGAGGUAACAAAGAAAUCAGAAAAACAAAAGGCAUCCGAAAGUGGUGGUAAAAUUAUUUGGAGAGGCGCGAACUCCAUGAUGACAUUAUUUUUCAUAAUGGCAUCUGGAGUACAGUUCAACGAUCCAGAUCCAUUUUUGUGGGUGCCUCUAUAUGGAACGGCAGCCAUCUUGACGGCUUGUAUAGCUAUCAGACCUAAUCUUAGUGGUCAUAAACGGUGGCGUUUUCUGUACUGGUUGCAUGCCGUGUUUUGCUUAGGCAUGUUCUGCUAUGCUUUUGUGGAACUGGUGAUAGCUGCAGUAAACCCGGAAUCUGAUGGUUCACUCAAUCCUCUCACUUAUGAGGAAGGAAGGGAAAUGGCUGGAGUUCUGAUUACAACCAUAUGGCUUUUCACGUGCAAGCAGUCCCCUACGAUCAAAUCUGAUUCCUCCACAAGAAAGAAGAAAGGACAAAGCACGAUUACAAUCUUCAUUGUCAUCUUCAGUUUCCUUCCGUUGUUAUUGUGGGCUUUAUGCUACUCCAAUGUGUUAAAUGCAACUUAUUUUUCUGUAUGCAGUGACUUUUAUGUUGAUGAAUUUUCCUUUUGAAGAUAGUCCCAUAAAAAUGUGAAAGAAAAUAAGAUUCUUAAAGAGGCUUGAAAUUUAAUGAAGAGUCGAUAGCUUAAAUCAAAAACUUUUCAGUGUUGAACAGAAGAUAUAGGAUGAUUCACAGCUGAACGCAACGUUCCAUAUUUCUAGUUCUUGGUUAAAUACAUCCAUGUUAAUACAAAUGGUUUCGUUGUCAAUAUUCUGCUUCAAAUUUUAUACUACACGCUUUAAGAAACGGGUCGAUAAUUUGAAACAGAACAUUAUAAACGAAACUAACUGUACUAAUGGGGCAAUGCUCCAAUGAAAAACAAGAUUAUAGAUGACAGAGCAUAGAACGAUCACAGAGACAUAUUAAGCUGCGACUGUUAAGAGAAAAGGGGACAUUUUAGGCAUUAAAAAUAGUUAAUUUCCCAUUUAUAUUUAAUAGUUUUACGAUAUGUCAAGGCGCGGUGAGAUAGCUUCCCCGCAAAACAGUUUUAGGGUUGCCAUAAAAUGGCAAGAAAAGGUAGGGUUGUCACAUUUGGCGAUAAAUCACUCAUUUGGCGACAAAAUUGGCGAUAUGCCAUGGAUUGUUCGAAAACAUUCUGGGCUAAACCGGCAAGAAUUCGUUCCGGAAGAUUCUCCAUCAGUCCAUGGCAUGUCGCCAAAUGAGCGAUUUCUCGCUAAAUGUGACAACUCUGCCUUCCUUUGCCAUUUUAUGGCAACCCUAAAACUGCUUUCGGGGAAGCUAUCUCACCGCGCCUUGACAUUUCGUAACAAUAUGAAAAAGUGCUGCUAGGUUUAUUAUCGUUCAAAUAAGCAGAGAAUGAAAAAUGAUUUCAAUGAAUCACCCUGUAUUAUAGAACCAGAAAAAAAUUGAGAUUCAGUUUUCUAGAAAACCUAAUCUGACAUUAACAUGAAUGUUAACUGUUACUCAUACUUGAAUGCGUUUCGUCAUCAUGCUCAGUAUGAGUGAAGUGCUGAAGGUAGUUUCUUUUAUAAGCAUAUGUGAGAUGAGAUGACAAUUAAAUUCAUUUAUGUGAGAAAUUUGAAGAUACUGCUAGCACUUCUAAUAAUCAAAUUCAAAGUUACUCAAUAAAUUCUAGAAGUCACCCGAAGUUUCUUAUUAAACUGCAAUUUAUUAGUACGUGUAGAAUUAGAUGCCGAACUGAAUAAUUACCAGAAACUUAUCUACAUGGAGUUUUCAAAUUUCGAAACUUAACCUUUAAGAAGUAUGAUAUCAUAUUUUCUAAAUUUUUCGAAUACGAUAUGAAUUUUAUAAAUUAAGAUUACUUUUUUAAGAUAAACAUACAGAAAAUUAACUAAGAAUUUCACGUGUAUUAAACAUUUCUCUUCUUGCAGUUGUUUAAAUUAAAAUAUCUAGACUUUAUAAAUUUUUACUUCUUCAAAUAUUUCUCUUUAUUUCUGUGUAUCAAUACUUCAAAAUGUUAUAUUGAUAUUCAUUAUCCUAUAUUUAGUAUUCAUUGCUUAGUAAUAGCAAAAAAAUAGUACUUUUAUAGAUAGGGUAUAUAGGAUAGAUAGGAAACCUUUUCAUUAAAAGGACAUUGUUUCAUAAUCAAACGUCGAAAAUGGCAGAAAUUUAAAACUUAUCAAUUUCACGUACUUCGGACCCCAAAUUAAAAGAAAAUGUAUUUUGAGAAAUUAAUCCUUAUCCUUCUCAAACCAAUAGAUGUAAAGCACUAGAUAUGAGGUGUUUCACUACACCGAUCCUGAUGACGAAACCUAGCUAACAUUUAUGUGUUCUAAACUACAAAGCCCAAAAAGAAUCUGCUUUCCUUAUAUUACCUUUUGCUUUCAGGCCAACAGUUGGUGCUAAUUAUUAGUAUCUUUAAGUUCUUUCAAAUUAGGCAUAUUAAAUUAUUAAUGGCUUAUAAAUUUUAAAUUUUUAUGAUUCGAUAUAUUUUUAUCUUUUUGAAAUUUCGAAAUAAAGUUCUAACGAUUUAUUGAAUUUUAAUAAUUGUUUACAAUAAUCUCAAACGUAAGUUGCAUAAGCAAGUAAUUACAUUCUAUCUGAUAUUUUGAAAGAAAACUCGGAAUUUUUAAUUAUAUUUUGGGAAGAAUUUAUAAAAUAUAAAUAAAGAAAUUUAUGAACAAAAGAUGUUGAAGAAUUCUCAAAGCCACAAAAAUACGUAAACUGUUUUCCAGUUAUAUUCCUAUUUAUUAUUUUCUAUUUAGUCUAUCUUCAAUCAUGCACACUUCAAGUUAUAUUCAAAUUCUCCGUUAUAGUUAACUAUGUUUUAAAUAAACUUAAAAUUUUUUAAUAUUUUCCAAAAAAUAAAAUUUAACGCAAAAUUUUAACAGAAUAUUUAAUUGCAAUAAAAAUUUAAAUCUGAAUAUUCAUCAGUGGAAUUUCAAUGGAAUAUAAAUUUCUUGUAAGCAUUAUGUAUGUCCACCUGUCAUUAAAUGUGAAAUAAAACAGUUUCAAAAUGAA